AUGCAGUCUGGAAUCUCAGCAUCGCGGGAGCUGGUCUCCCAGUUCAAUGACCUGCUGGCAUCCGAGGACCAGUUCGGGCUUCUUAUCAGGAUCAAAUCCGAGCAACUGCAGCCGGUGCAGCUUCUGAAAUCGUCGCCCGGGUCCUCAUUCGAAAGCAACGUCGACUCCCUGUUAAAGCCGCACAUUAAGCCGAACGAAGCCCUGUAUAUCAUCCUGCGUCGAUAUGCCUCGACGCCCGCGCUCGUGGCCGUUACCUACGUCCCGGACCCCGCCCCCGUGCGCGAGAAGAUGCUGUUUGCUUCCACGCGUCUCACCCUUGUGCGAGAUUUGGGGAGCGAGCAUUUCCGCGACUCCUUGUUUGCCACGACCGCCGAGGAGCUGAGCCCGGCCGGGUUUAAGAAACACGAUGCUCAUAUCGCCCUCGAGGCGCCGUUGACCGAAGAGGAGCGAAGUUUGGGCGAUGUGCGGCGGGCGGAACAGGAAGCGGGCAGAGGCACUGGGACACGGGAGAUUCACCUGAGCAAGAAUCUGGCAACCCCAAUUGCCCAGGAUGCGCUGGAAGCGCUGAAGGAUCUGGGUGCUGGGAAUGGCCGGUCGUUGGUCAUGCUGAAAAUUAACCCCGACUCCGAGUCUGUCGAGCUAGUUCCUGACAAUUCCACGCCCGGAUCGAUUCCCGAACUCGUUCGAACGAUUUCUCCGACCGAGCCACGGUUCACGUUCUACCGUUUUGCGCAUACGCAGAACGGUGUGGAAUCCAGUCCCCUGCUAUUCUUCUACACCUGCCCUAGCAACUUCAGCACCAAGGCCAUCAAGUUCCGCAUGAUGUAUCCUCUGAUGAAGCGGGCGGUCCUCACCAUUGCUGAGAAGGAGGCCGGGUUGCAACCUGAGAAGAAAUUCGAGGUGGAGGACGCAAGUGAGAUCACGGAGCAGGGCGUUUUGGAGGAACUACACCCCAAGGUUGAGGUGAAGAAGACGUUCAACCGUCCCAAGCGCCCGGGCCGGUGA